AUGAGCCCAUCGAUCACGCCUUCAACUCUAAACUCUAACACACCAUGGGAACCAUCACAAAUCAAUAAUAUCAUUUCAAAUCCACCUCUCACGACAGGGCUGACGCCAUUACAACAGGCCCAUCCUGCGAUUUCGCUAGGACUGAGAACUCCAUAUCACGUGGAACCUUCAUCAAGCACUUUUUCGACUGCAUACCAGCUGGUUCAUCCGACGUAUUUGCCAAAUAAUUUCCAGCCAGUGCCGAAGCUCUGUGGAAAUGCUCAACUUGUUAAUCAAUCAAUUCAAACUUCCCAAACAGCCAUUAAUACAUACCUCAAUCAGCCAAUAUCGAAUCAAAGUUCCUUUAACUCUCGGCCAUUCAUGCCCCAAUCGGAUCAUCUCUUGUUGAAUCAAUUACAGCUUACCAAUCAGCUUCCGCUCUUUCUUGCCUCAUCAACUCCUUUCUCUGGUUUGAAUCUAUUGCCAUCUCAACCAUUGGAGAAUAUUUGUAACGAAUCAAACCAAUUGAAUGAUUUCAUCCAGCGCAAUUAUGUGAGCACUUUAACGCAUCCAACGUUCCCUAACAUUUCCUUCACUGAUUCUUCCUCGAUACCUCAGCGAGAGCCUGAGCAAAGCGAGCCAAGUUCACUGCCAGUGCGGCAAGUGCCAGUAAGUGAUUCCACAGAAUCUGGGGAAACAUCCGCAUCGACUACCCACAAUGGCAAUGAAAAAAUAAAGACAACAGUGAUUAAGCAAACUUCUGCAGUUCCUAACUUGGUAACACAAGCAGCUUCUUCUUCGGAUUUUGAAGAAGGAUCAAAAUCGAAAACGAAACCUAGAGAAGACGAUUUUGUCAUGGGUGAGAUUUCGACUGAGAAUUACUAUCCCACACAUUUCCUGCGAGGUUCUAUGAUUCGAUUGGCUAAUGGAUCAUUGAGAAAGGUGGAAGAUUUGAGUACGGAUGACUUUCUCUCAGCUGCUGCUAAAACUAAUGAAUUUCUCAUUGAGUCUGCACAUUUUAUUAAGUCCACGAGAGUGAAUAAUAAUGUACAGAUCACUUUUCAUGUCACUUCUAGCAAUUCUGAGAAAACAAUUGAAGUGCAACUUGAAUAUCCAUUAUUUGUUGUUGGAAAAGGCUGGUGUUCUGUUGAACCUGAGCGAACAUUAGAAACUUAUGGUUUAGAUGCUCGGCUUUUAAAACCAGGCGAUGUUUGUAUUACAAUGGUUCAAAAAAAAGAAGAUCUUCCGCCUAUAGCAGCAGUUGUGACUAUUUCUAAGGCACAUGAAAUAAAUCAGAGGAAAAAGCGGUUAGCUCGUUGGAGGGAUGAGCUAGAAAACAGCAUGGGUGAAGUUUAUUUGGAAUGUAUGAGACAUCGUAGAGCAUCUGCGCCUCCAAGAUUGGAAAAAAUUUGUUGCUCCCCCCCUCAACCUAGUUUCGAAAUGUAUGAAAUAUGA